CAUUGAUGCUAUGAGGUUAGCAGUGUGUGUGCUGAGUGUCAACACACACACGCACAGCUGGGAUGAUACACGCACAGCUGGGACACACACACACACAAUGAGCCUUAAUUAAUAUAAUACAGUUUAUUAUUUAUCUUUCUAGUGUUGCUAACAGCUAGCCUGGUUAGCCUGGUUAGCCCGGUUAGCUUAGCUGCUAACAACAACAACAACAGCAGCAGCUGAUCCAGGUUCAGGUUCAGAUUAAAGGUUUAUACUAAAACAUUUAAUUUGAAGAUAAAAUGGAAACCAACGUUCCGAAGAGAAGAGACAAUAAGAAGUCUCUGCGUGUGAAGGUGAUCAGCCUGGGAAACGCUGAGGUGGGAAAGAGUUGCAUCAUCAAACGUUACUGUGAGAAAAGGUUCGUCCCUAAAUAUCUGGCAACCAUCGGCAUCGACUACGGAGUCACCAAAGUUCAGGUUCGUGACAGAGAAAUCAAAGUGAACAUCUUCGACAUGGCCGGCCAUCCUUUCUUCUACGAGGUGCGUAAUGAGUUCUAUAAGGACAGCCAGGGAGUGCUGCUGGUGUACGACGUCGGGCUGAGAGAAAGCUUCGAUGCUCUGGACAGCUGGCUCGGAGAGAUGAAACAGGAAAUGGGUUCUCAGGCCAACAUGGACAGCAUCGUCUUCAUCGUCUGCGCCAACAAGGUGGACCUGACUAAGCGGCGUGUGGUGGAUGAAGGUGAGGGUCGGUUGUGGGCGGAGUCUCGUGGGUUUCAUUACUUUGAGACUUCGGCUCAGAGCGGAGAAGGAAUCAACGAGAUGUUCCAGGCGUUCUUCUCGUCCAUCACUGACAUGUGUGAGAACGGCGGGAAGCGUCCGGUGUCAGAGGUCAGCGCCGGCUUCACCAAGGAGCAGGCCGACACCAUCCGACGCAUCCGCAACAGCAAAGACUCCUGGGACAUGCUGGGGGUGAAACCUGGGGCCACACGGGAGGAAGUGAACAAGGCGUACAGGAAGCUGGCGGUGUUGCUGCACCCGGACAAAUGCGUUGCCCCCGGCAGCGAGGAUGCGUUCAAGGCCGUGGUGAACGCUCGCACGUCGCUGCUGAAAAACAUCAAGUAACACGAAACACACACCUGAAGCCUCGCUGAGACGCCGGACCUGCUUCCUGUUUCCUGUUUCCUGUUUGCUGCCGCCGUUGCGAGUUAAUUUAUUUAUUCACGUUUUUUAUGUAACGUGUCGUCUCGUUGCCAUGGCGCCGGUUUGACUUGUUUUAACUCAGAGUACAGAGGAUGAGGAAAAAGCUUCAGAGAUUUAAAUCUGAAUUUUAUUUUAUUUAUUAUUUUAUUUAAUAUUAUUUAAAAUGUCAGAAUUAUUAAGACAUCACUAAUUUAAGGACACACACACACACACACACACACACACACACACACACACACAUAGACACACACUUUUUUUUAGUUCUGAGUAAAAGUUGUUUUUUCCAUAUGGCCGUCUUUAUCUUCCAUA